GCCGUUUCUAAACAGAAAUCUCCCCCACAAGCAACCCUACAUUGGCAGCAGCAAAAUGUCCAAAAACCUAGAAACCGCCUCAAAAAAAUACGCUCAACUGAACAUCCCGCAAAACCCAAGCCAUCGACUUCCUCUCUGUCUCCCAAGAACCAGCCUAACGCUACCCACAACCCACUCCACUCUUCGCUCCCAGCUUGUCGUGAUCAAAACCCGCCUUUACAAAGACGAAGUCGCAUUCUUAGAGGCGAUCCGUUCUAACAUACACAUUUCCGGAUCUGAGAGAAUCGGAGGGAUGCUUAUCGACAAGGGAGACGAAAUCGCGCCAGCAAGGUACUCAUGGGCUGCUCUCGAACCCGUAUUUGGUCAAGAUCUCUUCACUUUAUCAACCCGCCGCAAGGUGCGGACAUUCCCGGCAUCGCUCGUCGCGCACAUCUUCAUCGAAGUGCUGGAGGCAAUCCGCUGGUUGCACGGUCUGAACCCGAAGGGGAUAUUUCACGGAGAUAUUGGAAAUCCUGCGAAUAUUAUGUUGGAAAUGUUUCCCCGUGCAGGGGGAUUGCGGGUCCUGGGGUUGCCGAAUGUGGUUAUGGUAGAUUUUGGUGCUGGAGGCUGGUGUGAGGAUAUGGAUGGUGCGGUUUGCUAUGAUGCAACUGAGUUUCGGGGGCUUAUGGCGUGUCUAGCUAAUGAUACAGGGGACAGAUUUUUGCACGGGAUUGUCGAGUCCUAUGCCUGUUCUCCAGAUCCUUCGCCUGAUGAGAUUUGGCUAAGGUGGCAAGAGGAGGCGACGAAACGGAGAGGUGAUGGUCCGUUCGUUGUUCCAGAGGGCUUGCUUGUGGAGCUCGGGAAACUGGUUGUGAGCGACGAGGCGAUGGAGGCAGCAGUGGAGGAGGCCAUUACUAUUGACUAGGUGUCGGUAGA